AUGAGUAAUGAUUUAAAACUUCCCUUUGUGUCGCUAGAUCACCUCAAUCACGAGAUAAAGAAAGAAGGGAAAAGGAACGAGGGUUUAAUUUUUCCGAUUGUACAUCUGGCAAAUUUUGCAGGAGUCCGCAACCAAUCCUUGGAUUUCACACCAAACUUACCAUCAUUGACAAGAGCGCACGAUAUUG